AUGUAACAAUCUACUGCCAAAAAUCUGAGAGACUUACUCAUAAAACAAUAAUUGAAUUCUAAAAUACAUUUUAAAGGUGAACCAAUAAAAGUGCCACUUAGAAAAUAAUCAGGUACUUGGGAAUGUUAAUGUAAUCUCAAACAUUGUGCUAUCUGUACUCGUAAAAAGGUUAAUCAGAGUCCAAUGAUUAGAUAACAAGAUUCAAAAAGAGAUAUGAAAGUUGGAAGUUCAAUCUCUGCCCAUCAAUCACCUAAUAGAGAGAAAUAAAGUUAAAUAUUAAUGAAUAGAUAACCAUCUGCAAAGAAACCAUAAUAUGCAGACAAUAUUAUCUAUCAUAAAAGUAAUAUCAGCAAUUCAUAACUAUAUGAAAAUAGUUAUCAAUUAAAAAGUAAAGUUGUACCUAAAAAAGUUGAGAGUAAAAGUAUGUUGAGUAGUACUUAGAUGUCAUUUAAAUUGAAAUUGACUAGCAAAUAUAAUUCUGCUAAUUCAGUUAAUUCAAUCAAUUCAUAAUCUCGAUCUGAAUAGAUAUUAAACUCAAUAUCUGAAUCAGCUCCUAAUUCUCCAAAAAAGGAUAAAUAAUCUCAUAGUCGUAAAUCAGAAUUGAAUGAUAAAACUCAAUUAGUAGCAUAAUAAAUUGAGAAUCUCCCUCCAGAAAUAGUAGGACGUUAACAUUUUAAAUUUUUAUAUGUAAUUGGAAAGGGAGGUUUUGGUAGAGUAUGGAAAGUAGAAAUGAAGAAAAAUAAAAAAAUGUAUGCUUUAAAAGAAAUGGCUAAAGCUAAAGUUAUUUAAAAACGUAGUGUAAAUUCUGUACUAAAUGAGAAAUAUUUGUUAGAACAUCUACAUCAUCCUUUUCUUGUUAAUAUGUCAUAUGCAUUCUAAGAUAGAGAGAAUCUCUAUCUUAUCAUAGAUCUCUUAACAGGAGGUGAUUUACGUUUCCAUUUAGGUAAAAUGAGACGAUUCAGUGAAGCUUAAACAAGUAUUUAUUUCUAAUUCAAUUUUUAUUAGAAUUCUUUGUUGCCUGCAUUCUACUCUCUCUUACAUAUUUACAUCAACAUGGAAUUAUACAUAGAGAUCUUAAACCAGAAAAUCUAGUUCUAGAAGAAGAUGGAUAUAUGAGAUUAACUGAUCUGGGAAUUGCACGUAUUAAUAAGGGUAAUAAUGCUGGAGAUACUUCUGGUACUCCAGGAUAUAUGGCACCUGAAGUAAUGUGUAGAAUGGAUCAUUCAAUUGUUGCAGAUUAUUAUGCAUUAGGAGUUAUAACAUAUGAAUUAAUGCUUGGACGUAGACCAUAUAAUGGUAGAACUAGACAAGAUAUUCGUGAAUAAAUAUUAGCUAAAUAAGUUUAAGUAAGGAGAGAAGAAAUGCCUAAUUAUUGGAAUGAAAGUGCUAUGGAUUUUGUUAAUGCAGUAUUGAUUCAAUAUUAUAUAUAUAGUUAAUUUAACGUAAACCUGAAAGAAGAUUGGGAGCUAAUGGAAUAGAAGAAAUUCUUCAUCAUCCUUGGCUCAAAGGAUUUCCAUGGGAUGAUCUCUUAAAAAAGAAACUUACAGCUCUUUAUACUCCAGGAGUAAUUUGAUUUAUCUAAAGUAGUCUGUAGAUAAUAAUUUUGAUUUCCAAAAUUAGAUAUCAGAAGAAACACAAUUGAAUGAUGAGUAAUUACUUGAAAAUCAAGUAAUGUUACGUCGAGAUACUGUCUAAGGUAAUAAUAAGAUAAUAUAUAUAUAUAUAGCAUUAUUUGAUGGAUAUCAAUAUGAUGCUGAUCUCUCAAAAUUAUAACAUUAAUAAACUCAAAAAAAUUCAUAGAGAAGAUUUUAACAAUCACCAGACAAAAAAUGA